UCCAGUGCACUUUUUUUAAAUAGAAGAGUAUGUUUUGGUUUUCGUGAUUUGACACUACUUGGUACCACGCUGGGACGGCUGCAAAUAUCGUUAGAUCGUUCUGUUGCGCUUCUCAAUCAGUGUGUUUUGAUGCAUGUGCGUGUGGCUUGCAUCUGGACACUCCUAAUACUGUUAAUCCCCUUUUUUGUCAGCUUUGCAGCCUUGUGCUCAGGUCCAUGCAUGAUACAUCAGUGUGUCACUCAUCUUCUAACAGAACGCACGCAUCCCAUAUGGAAUAAUUAGAAAUGCUGCCUACGUCAAGGCAAAUUCAACAGUGGAAUACAACUUCUGCCAUUCACUGAACUUAACUUGGACGACUUGAUCAACAGUGAUGUGAGCGGCUCUGACAUGCUCGAGACUGGCAUUGGCCUGCAUUUUAAAGCGGCCAAAAUGGAUGUGUGUACUCAUCAGAGGAGACCAAUCACUCGCUCCUGCAGUUUGGGGAAUACACCAACCAGUGGCGCUACUUUCCAAACUUUCACCGAGACCUCAGACCAGCAGCAACAACGGAAGGAGUCGCUACGUCAACGGCGUGUAACUGUUGCGUUAUGUGCUCCCCGGUGCAACGACCAGAUUGGAGAUCUCCCUGAGAAGGAUGUGGACAGGGAGGAGGCCAAAUCACUCAGGGAGCUAAACACAAAUGAGAUCUGCGUGUGGUUCGCCAGCAUUGGACUGCACAAAUGUCUCCCUUUCAUCCAAGAGGCAAAUUUGUGUGGAGCAGACAUCGCGUCAAUCAACGUGAACAUUCUGGACAUGCUGCACAUCAACGCACUACAGGACAAGGAGAAGCUGCUCUCUGCCAUUUAUAACGAGCUGCACCCUUCCAGUACUUUUGGAUCCUUCCAGAAUAAUCAUGUCGAGACGUUCAUGCCAAUGAUCAAAUCAAAGUCCUCACCUCAGGUGAACUGCCUAAGCAUGAAUCGACGAUCCCUCAAGCUCAGGCAGAAUAACCAGAACUACAUGGCACAUCGGAACUCACAGUUGAUAGAGGUCACAAUAAAUGCCUCAGAGCGGAUCGUUCACCUCAGGACCCCAAAAGAAACAACAAUGGCCAAAAUAAUGGACUCUUGUCUUAGAAUGCUGGGAAUGACAGAAGACAAAAGCCUUUUUUCAUUGAAAGAGCAGAGAGAUUCCGCAGCUGAGCUUUCCCCGGAUCAGCACAUUGGGAGUCUGCUGGUAUCCUCAUCUGAGAGGGAACUGGAGUUAUAUUUGUGGAAAAAGAGUAAAAGCACCACUUCCCAAAACAGUCCAGAGGUAAACAGCUCUAUUGGAACCCAAAAAGAGGAGCGGAUCAAGGAGCUGAAUCUGCAAGUUGACUCCCUACAAAAUGUCAUCCUGCAGGUGCAGGAGCUUCACCUUGGACUGGUAGCCUUCUGCUCAGAACUGAAGAACUCGGAAGGAGAUGCGAAUUUAGAAAUGUUUGGCUCAGCUGAGCUGGAGCAGAAACUGGAACUUCUCCACAGACGACUAAGUGACAAGAAGCAAAGUCUUCAGACCCUCCGAGAUCACAUCAGCAACUCUGCAGCUCACAGGAAGAAACAGCUAGAUGUUCGUCUUUUGGAGAAGAUGAAGCUGAACUGCCAGGUGUUUAAGGAAGAAAUCUCUAUGGUGCAUCUCAACCGACAGGUGGCUCACCUUCAAAAUGCUCUGCAGGAAAGCUACAUUAAGGAGAAAGACCAGAGAAAGAAUGUGACCAUCGGUAACCUAAGCCAGCUGGUGUCUCCGCAGUCUCCUGCCAUGCUACUUUUGGUGCAGGAGAGCCGUGGACCUGACGGCUAUUAUGGCUUCACGUGCCGGUACACUGAAGGCAGUGGUUUGGUGGUGGUCAGGGUGGACAACUCGCAACUGUGUGUGGAUGACAGACUUGUGGAAGUGAACGGGGCACCAGUGGUCAACUCUACAGAAGAAGAACUGAGUGACCUUCUGCUCCAGCUACCCAGGGCCCAGAUUAUUGUACUCCGUCAGCCGACUCCCACCCUCACCUCCCAUCAACCCCCUCUGAUCCUGCAGCACAUGGUUAACCCUAAUCCCCAGCAAACAGAGAGAGAUGUGAUCACCAUGGAAACCCCAUCACUGUGCAGGGUAAUGGCUAUCUGAUGAAAAGGGGCAUGAUGGAUGAGCACAAACAGAGGGAGUAAAAAAGAGAAAGCAUAUAAAUAUAGUGGGUAUAAACGAGCAUUUUCUUUUCUAUAACGUCACAAAUCAAUUUGGACCGCCAAUAGUUUUUCUGCAUAAACAAGUUCUAGCGUACUUUGUCUGCCAGAGAAUAACGAAAGCGAUAUAUUGCUAUAUUUAGCAAGGAAUCAGACCGCUGUAGAUACUCUUUUUCAAAAUAGCGUCGAGCAAAUGAACUAGUGAAGAGUCUUUAGGCGACCCUAGCAUGAAAGCACUCAGUUUUAACUGUGGCAUUAAAACAACAAAAAUAAACAACAGAAGACAGUUCAUUUGUAGCUCUAAAUAUGGGUUUUGCUUUUCAAUGUUUUUUAGUAUGUGAUCUUUGAGCCCAUCGCAGUUAGCGCCACUGUCUCUCACAGUAGUUUUUUUGCUGUGCUCUUGUUUAUACUGCAAACCAGAUUAGGGUGCUUCAAAUCUGAUCUUUUUGCAUCAGAUUCAGGCCAUAACAGAAGGUAGUCUAUAUCCGAUUGGCAUCUGAUAAAUUCAAAUGGGACUUCAGUCUAAAGGCAACGACCUCUGUGUGACUUUGGGCAAAUUGUGUCAUUGGUGUGCGCAGGCAAAGAAACAGCCCGCCAGUGGAAGUGGAUACUUUAGCACAACGUCCGGUUUCAGUGAGCGAAGCCUAUUUUCAACGCCAAAUUUUCGUUGCAUCACUCGUCAAUAGUGUGAAAAUAAUAGGCUAUGUGUUAUAUAGGAAUAUAUAUUUUGAUUCAGAAGAAAUAGGGCUUGUUGAAGGACCGGAAUUGAUGCUGCCGCAACACACCAAAACGCCACAGGUUGGAGCAUUUAAUGCAAUGCAGUCGGAUAGGGACUCAUGUGGCCCCAUUUGCCUCAGUUUACCUGACGCAUAGAACGUGAAAAAUUGGGGGAGCGCACUAUCCACCACCUGCUCAGUGGCCGUGUGGUUAGAGUGUCUGCCCCGAGACUGGAAGGUCAUGAGUCAUACCAAAGACUAUAAAAAUGGGACUCGUUGCCUCAGCAUUAAGGGUUGGAAUUGGGGGUUAAAUCACCAAAAUGAUUAUAGAGCGUGGCCACUGCUGCUACUCACUGCACCCCUCACCUCCCAGGGGGUGAACAUGGGGAUGGGUCAAAUGCAGAGGAUAAUUUCACCACACCUAGUGUGUGCGUGACUAUCGUUGGGACUUUAACUUUAGCCGCCAGACGGCAGUAAAGUGUUGAAUAUCUUAAAAUGCGUUAUGUAGAAAUUCCAACAUUGACCACAGCCACAGUUGCUAUGUAGAGUGGCGCUUUCCAUCAUUUUCAGCAGACUGCAUUGCAAAAUGAUUACAUUUUUCUCUCACCCCGGACUCACCCCAGGAAUGGGGCCUUAUGAAUCUCUUCCAUACUGUAGGUGUGGAGGAAAUUUUCUCCAUGGUGACUAACGUUAAAAUGCUCAUUUAAAUAGGGAAGUGUUGAUUGGCAACACUAAAUUGGCCCUAGUGUGUGAAUGUGAGCGUAAAUGUUGUCUGUCCAUCUGUGUUGGCCCUGUGAUGAGGUGGCGACUUGUCCAGGGUGUACAGCGCCUUUUGCCUGAAUGCAGCUGAGAUAGGCUCCAGCACCCCCCACAACCCCAAAAGGGACAGGCGGUAGAAAAUGGAUGGAUGAAGUGAACGCCACUUUUGCACUUAUUAUCAAUUGUACACACAGUCUGUGAUCCACAACACGUCCACUAAUAAUACAUGUGAUUUUGUAUUUUGCACAUGCCAAUUAGCACUUGUUACUUGGGAUCUUCGAAGAUGGAGCCUAUGUCUGCAUGUAUCAUGUAUUGGUGACUUUUUCCUCUAUAUCAGUGGUUCUUCACCUUGUUGGAGGCUUCGAACCCCACCAGUUUCAUACACGCAUUCACCGAACCCUGCUUUUGUGAAUUUUUUUUUUUUUUUCUUUUCAAAUUCAAGACAAUGUUUUUUUCCUGGUGUACAAAAUCAACCGUGCAUGAACUCACAACAAAUUACACACCUGCAAAUCAGUGUGACUUCUGCAUUUUCCGUAUCUACGAUACGCCGAUAUGGAGAAGUUUUUAUUUACACGAUGAGUUAAUACUUGCCAACCCUCCCGAUUUUUCCGGAAGAAUCCUGAAUUCCAGUGCCCCUCCCGAAAAUCUCCCGGGGCAACCAUUCUGCUUUAGCAUCCUCUACAACCUGUCGUCAUGUCCGAUUUUCCUCUAUACAAACGGCGUGUCGGUGCACUCACAUCAUUUAUGUGGCUUUUACACACACAUAAGUGAAUGCAAGGCAUACUUGUUCAACAGCCAUACAGGUCACAAUGAGGGUGGCUAUAUAAACAACUUUAACACUGUUAUAAAUACGCACCACACUGUGUCAUUCUUAUUUGGUGUGGGUUCAAACACAUUUCGGGAGAACAUCCUCCCCGUAACACAACAGAACAAAUACCCACAAUCCCUUUCAGCACUAACUCUUCCGGGAUCUACAAUAUACACCCCCGCUACCACCACCCCUCCAUCUCCCAAAUUUGGAGGUCUCAAGGUUGGCAAGUAUGGAUGUGUCUUGACUGGCUGCGCCGAACCCCUGAGGCCGACUCACCGAACCCCUAGGGUUCGAUCGAACCCAGGUUAAGAACCACUGCUCUAUAUGGUAUUGUAGACUAGCAAACAGUACACCUGAGUGUAAUCUCUGGAUACGCUUGACAUACUCACACCAAUUUAAAUUCACUAUUCCAUUCCAUUGCUUGUUGUUUUACAAAUUUAUGACACAAGAGAGAGCUGUGACUAUAGACUAAAGUGAUACAAAUCCUACGUUUCGCUUGAUAGGUAACGCGAAGGCUUGUCUAACAUCUGUCAGAGGGUUUUCCUAAGGGUGCAACAAUGAAUGCUUGAUGUAGUGCAGGGGAACUCCAGCUUGGAAGUAUAACAGCACGUGUAAUCUCCUAUAGCAACAUACAAGCUUGAAAAAAGCUUUGCAUUCUGCAUUAUCUUCGCAGAACACACACGAACAGCUCUCUCUGAAAGUUGAGUCACGUUUGGCCUUUUGUGUGUUGUAAUGCAAACCAGUGGGCUGUGGGAAUAAAACCUUGGCCGCAGAAACGCCUCAUUUCAGCCUCGUUCUCCCUCGUUAAGAGCCAGCGGAUCGUGCAGACUACGCGGUGCAAACAGUACCAGGCUGCCGGGGGGGUUCUAAUACCACUUUUGCUCAUCAGUUGGUCACAGGUCACUCAGCAGUAUUUUUAAUGAUUUGACAAUAAAAAAUAAAUGCGGCCGUCUGUAAUCCCGAUGGUACGUGCUGGUUGCCAAACAAAUUCUCGGGAUCCUGGCAAAUUGGAGCUUCUUUGGCACAGACAUGGGAAAAUGAAGACUGACGCAGAUGACCAUUAUGACAUACCUCCGGAAGUGUUAGAGUUUGGUGAGAAGUUUCCCAAAACCACGACACGACGCGGUGUAAGAAAAAAAAAAUGCUUCCCGUCAAACGUAAACGCGGCAUGGAGGAGAAAAGCAGAGCAGCACUUGCGCACACACACACACUCGCAGGCCAGUGGAGACGAUGUGUCAUGGCUGUCUUUAUGGGAAUAAAUUAACACUGGGGUAAAUGAGACCCAAUCCUAUAAACACUGCUGCUGGCAAACGAAGAAAGCCAAUGGCGACCAACGAGAACCCAGAAAACAUGCUCAGGAUGUAACGCCCCUGCUACCAUCCACUGUCCGCUGAGGCGGGGAAAGCGGAGGCUUUGCGAGUCAGGAAGACGACCUUGUACAGUAUUAGUCAGAAACAUCUGCAGCACAUUUACAUGAACCUCAACCUCCUCUUAUUCAACUGCCAAGACGCCUCAGGUUGACCCGGGCUGUACCUAACACGUAGUGGCACUGAGCAACCUGUGCUACAUCUGGUUCGCCUUAGCAGCCUCAGCAACAACAUCCAGCGCACAUUGAUAAGCUCCGAAUGCGCUGAGACUGCAUUUUUUUUUUUCCUUUUUCCGCCCCUAUCAGCCGCAGCUUCUCACUCCUCAGACCCCCAUCCCUUAACCCCCUUAUUCCGCCUCCUUCCCCCCACCUUGGACUCCCGCCCCUUGACAUUUCGGGGCGCUUUGCAUCCGUUUGAUGUGGGAAAAGGGGGCAUUAGCUUUGGUUUCCUGCCCAAAUCCCACACAAGCCAAUAAAAGGGAUACAGGUCUGAUGGGAAGCAAGGGAAUUCCUGACCACUGAACAUUAGACAAACACUCACUCUUAAAUUGGAGUCUACGGCGUGUAAGAGUGAGCCGAGUUUCAAACCACCUGACUAUCAUAACACUACUAAUACCUAUGAUAAUAAUAACUGUUUUAUUACAAGGAAUUUGACGACAUGUCCAUCUAAAUGACCUUUGCAGUUCACACUCAAAUUUAAAUUGUCUCACGUAUUCAUCGAACCUGUCAUAAACCUUUGUGUGUUUUUAUAUUGAGGUAAUGAUUUUGUGCCACGGCGGAUAACAGACUAAUCCCAGGGCUUCUGAUUUCAUUUUGAAGUGAGGCUUCUAGCCUUUCCUCUGGCAAAUCUAGUAGCUGCACUAGCUACUUAAAAAUGUCCCUAGAGAUAUUUGUCUGUAGACCCGCUCCUGGUCAGAUGUGCUGUGUUAUUUGACCUUUGUCCCUCCAGGAUUAGCUUCCAAUAAAGUGCACGUCCACAGAAACUGAGGAUAUACUGCCAUCUACUGGCAGACUCCUGAAAAAGCUUUCAGGGUUUCUCAAGAAUGUCUCUUGGAUUAUAAAGGUAUUCUGAUUAAAAAAAUAAAAAACAUUGAAA